UGGGGGAAAAACUUUCAUACAAUCAGCAAGUUUGCUUGGGAAGCGUGAAUAAUAGAUUGAAAUCUCGUUCCCCAUUCGUUUCCGGGAUGAAUUCAGUUUCAAACACGUCUCUAUUUUUCUGAAACGGUUUCGGCGCGUUCCCAAACGCGUUUCCCGGUUUCCCCAUUCCAGGACGUUUCGGAAACGGUACGUCGUGAAUUUUUGGCGUUUCCGUGCUUCGUAGCUUUGGUGACUCCGACAGUUUCUUCUUUUCUCUCUCAUCAUUCUUGCUUCAAAAAGAUGGACUCCAUGGUUUUCACUUCAUCUUAUGUAACUAUAUCGUGCUUUCUAAAGAAUGAUUUGGGACUUUCUGCUUUGUCUUCCUCUUCCUCGAAUUGCUCUCAAUUUUCAGCUUCAAAAUACAGGAAGAUGAAGUCUAAGAAGAUAGUUUCAGUCAUGGCUCCACAACAAACUCAGAGAAAACCUUCUACAACGGGCUCGGUGAAAAAUGCAAUGACAAUGACGGAGAAGAUAUUGGCUAGGGCUUCAGAGAAACCCCAGUUAGUCCCAGGUGAUAAUGUGUGGGUUAAUGUUGAUGUAUUGAUGACCCAUGAUGUUUGUGGACCUGGCUCCAUUGGUAUCUUUAAGAAGGAAUUUGGAAAUAAUGCCAAGGUCUGGGACCGUGAAAAGGUUGUCAUUAUUCCCGAUCACUAUAUUUUUACAAAAGAUGAACGGGCCAACCGGAAUGUUGAUAUCUUGAGAGACUUCGUGAAGGAGCAAAAUAUAAAAUAUUUCUAUGAUAUAACUGAUCGUUCCGACUUUAAGGUUAAUCCUGACUACAAAGGUGUAUGCCAUGUCGCUCUUGCACAAGAGGGUCAUUGUAGACCUGGAGAGGUCUUGUUAGGGACCGACUCUCAUACAUGUAAUGCUGGAGCAUUUGGCCAAUUUGCCUCUGGAAUUGGCAAUACUGAUGCUGGUUUCGUUUUGGGCACUGGUAAAAUAUUGUUAAAGGUUCCUCCAACUCUUCGAUUUGUAAUGGAUGGAGAAAUGCCUGAUUAUUUGCUUGCGAAGGAUUUGAUCCUACAAAUCAUUGGUGAAAUAUCAGUGGCAGGUGCAACAUAUAAAUCGAUGGAAUUUGUUGGAUCCACUGUUGAAAGUUUGACUAUGGAAGAUAGAAUGACCCUUUGCAAUAUGGUUGUUGAAGCUGGAGGAAAGAAUGGCGUUGUUCCUGUUGAUAGUACCACGCACAAAUAUCUUGAGGACAAGACUUCUAUUCCCUAUGAACCUGUUUACAGUGAUGAUCAAGCGAGAUUCAUGUCUGAGUAUCGGUUUGAUGUCUCAAAGCUAGAACCUCUUGUUGCAAAGCCUCAUUCUCCAGACAACCGUGCUUUAGCAAGAGAGUGUAAAGAUGUCAAAAUUGACAGAGUAUAUAUUGGUUCCUGUACCGGUGGGAAGACAGAAGAUUUUCUAGCCGCAGCCAAAAUCUUUAUGGCCUCUGGGAAAAAGGUCAAAGUCCCCACUUUCUUAGUACCUGCCACCCAGAAGGUCUGGGUGGAUGUAUACACUCUUCCAGUCCCUGGUUCUGGUGGUAAGACAUGUGCUCAGAUAUUUGAAGAAGCGGGGUGUGAUACACCAGGCAGUCCAGGUUGUGGAGCUUGCCUUGGUGGCCCUAGAGACACUUAUGCACGAAUGAAUGAGGCACAGGUUUGCGUGUCAACAACAAAUAGGAACUUCCCUGGGAGAAUGGGAAACAAGGAAGGGCAGAUAUAUCUAGCAUCUCCUUACACCGCGGCUGCAUCCGCGUUGACUGGUUUUGUUACUGACCCAAGAGAGUUCUUGUAGUGUCAUUCAUACAUUUAUCCACCUUCUGUUGUUGCUCAAGUCUUGAAUCUUAAUUUCUAAAUUAAUCAUGUCUUUUUUCUGAAGUGAAUGUAUUUGACAUUUUAGAUAUCACCUAUUGUGUUUACUUCUUCAGAACUUAUAAGCUUGAUUUACUCGUUUGAAGUGGAUUGAUUUUUAUUUAUUUA